AUGUAUGUGAAAUAGUUUGGUACAGUAAUGUUUUACUAUGUGAUUUUAGGGAUUUUUGUGAAUGUCACUUUUUGUCAUUUUCAAAUUUCCCUCCGUUCCAUCCCCCGUACGUCCCGACGCUCGCAGAGCACGGAACCCAGAUGACAGAUGCCGGAUUACAUUGCCGGGGACACUGCAGGAGGGACAUUGCGGGAGCGCAGGACAAGGUAAGUGACCGAGGGAUCGCGGAGUAGCGCCACAUGGUAAGCUCGAGUGUAGCUCGGGGUUACCUCUUGUGCUACACUCGGGAAUACCUCCAGGGAGGCUAC